GUUUAUUUGGGAAAUCAAAUUUCAAUCUGUAACAUAUAUAUGAAAACAGAACCUGUGCCUGACACAUCAGACCUCUGAUAAUUUCGCAGCCUGUGGAAAGCAUUUCUUCUGCGGACAUGAAUCUACUCUUGGUCGGCUUUCUGUUGUUUUCGAUUUUCAUGGCAAGUGACGCAAAAGCCUCUCCUAGAGCAUCCCCUCCUUGUGACCAGCUUCAAUGUGAAAAAGAAUGUGAGUCUAAGGGUGAUCCCAUCGUCGGUGGAAAAUGCCAACGCGUACGGACAGGGGAAAUACGGUGCAUGUGCCAUAAUUGAAUGUUGAAUGUUUUCUGCUUCG